AUGUCCGUUCUCGAAUACACCCCCAGUGGAGUUGGGCCCGAGCCCAGACUCAAUCGGCUGAAGAUCAUCAACGGAUUAAGAUCCUUGACGAUGAUUUGCGUCUUCUUUUCUCACGCCGUGUUAGUGCUUGUUGUUUUUUACCUCAAGAAUCCAUACGCCGUCGAAAACAUGUUCAAUGAUCCCACCAAAUACAUCCUGCUGAACGGCACACUGGUGACGUACACGUUCUUCGUGAUGUCGGGUUUCCUGCUGGCGUUCAACUUCGAGCUGCACGCGGAGAAACACCGCGUCAGCCUGUGGGAGUGGCCCAAGGGAAUGAUCUUGCGGUGGCUGAGACUUACUCCGACCUACGCCCUGGUUAUGUUCAGCGUGAUGACGCUGAUGCGGCACCUGGGCGACGGGCCACAGUGGGAGCUGGUGGUGACCAGUGAGUCAGACGCCUGCCAGAAACACUGGUGGGCUCACCUGCUCUAUAUCCAUAAUUAUUUGUGGGAGGACAUACCGUGCUUUCCACAGUCUUGGUACCUCUCAGCGGACACACAACUGUUUGGGCUAGGUCUACUAGUCUGCAUCUUGUGCCGGAAGCCGCGCACCCAGCUGCUGGCGCUGGGUGUUCUGCUGGUCAUCUCGCUGGCCAUUCCCGCCGCGCACACCUACUUCCAGGACCUGGGCGCUGUUGUACACAACUCUCCUGAAUCUUUCCGCACCUAUUUCCGGUACAAUAGGGAGUUCCAGAUAAUCUUCGUGCGUGGCCACACCAACCUGUCGACGUACGUGCUGGGCAUCGCCGGCGGCCUGCUUGCUUACCACUGGCUCAAUAAUGACAAGACUGUCUCUGAACGACUACAGAAAUACAAAUGGCUAAUAUGGCUGGCGGUCCCUGGGGGUGUGGGCAUCAUUCUGUCCGGUGGCUUGUUCUACAUGGAUGGCUUCGAGCCGUCCACCUUCGUACGAGUGCUCUACGCCUCCGUCCACAAGCCCAUCUUCCAGCUAUGUAUCGUCGUAAUACUCAUCAGCGCUAUCUUUAGGGUUGAAAACGUGGUCCGCUGCCUCCUCGAGUGGCGCGGCUUCACGUGGAUGGGGCGUGUAUCAUACGCUGCCUUCCUCUUGCACUCCACGUUCCAGCGCGGCCUCGUGGGUGCUGCUCGGCUGCCCGCUUACAUGUCUGACUACAACGUGUUAAUAAUCCUGGCAGCGACAGUGUUUCUGUCCUUCGCCACAGGCGCGCUUCUGUACGUAGCGGUGGAGUUGCCGGUGGCCGCGCUGCUCAAGGCCGCGCUCGCGCCUCGGAGGGCCCGAGCUAAGGAACAACCCGCUGAGGACGCCCCUACUAAUGUUACUACUAAAUUCUAA